UAUGUUUCAAAGUAUGUUUACAGUGUUUGGACAAAUAAGGUUCUCAUAUAUCUAUCCAUGGUGACGUUUCUUUUGCGGUUCAGUAUACUUUCUAUUCUCAAAUUUAGCCAAGAUGGUCUUUUUUGUUACUGUUUAAGAUAGCGCCACACAUAUAUGACUGGACCCGCACAGUUACACGUUCCAAUCAUCUGCUCACCAGUCUGGAGCAAAGAGGUCAGUCUGUCCUACUGUUGCAGGAGAUGACGAUGGUCAACACCUGGAUAAUUACAUGGACAAUGUCAUUAUUUCCUGAUAACGGAAGUAGUCUUAAAUUAUUGUAUCGACAAAGAUUAGUAACUAUAUAACUCAGAGGUCUUAAGCCAGUAGACGAAGAGAAAUGUUUAAUCCUCAUCUACAACUUCGACACAGACACAGAUAUGUUUUGCCUCGGUUUCUCUAUGCAAAUUAUCCCCGACCAGACAUUCAAGUCACUAAAACGUGUGCACAGUUAACUGCCUUCUUCAUUCAGAAACAAAUCAAUUUUAGUAGAUCCUUAUUUACAGGAAGCAGCAAGUGAAAUCGCGUCAGUGUUAUUUCCGUUUUGCCUGAUAUUGAAAUCGCAGGUGUUGAUUCGAAGACACAUGUAAGUAUGAGCAUGCUUGUCGAUGUUUCAUAUAAACUAUUAAACAGAGUAUAACCAAUGAUAACAUGAACAAUACAAUACAAUAGUGUCAAAACAACUGUUGAAAUAACAUGUAUAUGUAUAUGUUGUAUAUGAUAUUUUAGGGCAUCCAGAAUGACAACACAACCUUACCUUCUGCUGCAACUGUUGUGUUUGCGUGUUCUGGUCAACGGAAUGACAGAUGCACCGACUCCUAAGCCAUUGUGUACAAGAUCUCAAUGCAAAGGAGAUGUUUGUGCGGAGGACAUGUGCCCCUUGGGGUGCAAGGAUGGAUAUUAUGGCAGGCACUGUGGAUACAGAUGUAGUAACGGGUGUAUCAGUAAGAGAUGUUCCGACUCUGGAUUCGGUACAGGAAGCUGCACUGAUGGCUGUAUCUCAGGAUAUUGGGGAAGUACUUGUAGCUUCGAAUGCCCAGCUGAUUGUAUACACUGUUCAGUCAAGACAUGUAGCAAAUGUAGAGCCUUUCUUUUUGGGCCAUUCUGUAGUUCAAACUGUAGAGAAUUAUGUCCAAGUAAAGGAUGCAACAUGGAUGGUACAUGCAGGGAUGAUGAGCAAUCCAUUGCCUGCAAUAAUGGAAACUUUGGGUCUAAAUGCCAGUUUGGUUGCAACGAAAACUGUGCCUUUCAUGCUUGCAAUCGUUCCUCUGGUGUUUGUCUGCAUGGUUGUGAAACAGGACAUUUUGGGGCAACGUGCGAAUUCCGAUGUAAUACCAACUGUAAAGACGCAUUAUGUGAUUUCCAAGGCAGGUGUCUAGCAGGCUGCAAGGCGGGGCGCUAUGGGCGUGAUUGUGAUGAGCAGUGCAGUGGGCACUGUCGUCAACGUAUCUGCGACCCGGAAACAGGUUACUGUAUCAACGGCUGCCAUGACGGGCACUACGGCUUUCACUGCAACACGUCAUGUUUGGGGGAUUGCUCUUACUGCAACCGAGAGAAUGGACUAUGCCUCGAAGAUGAAAUGCAACCAGAAACAACGCUGAUUUCCACUGAAGAAAACACCCAGACGACACCGUCAGUAAACUAUGUCAUAGGAUCUGUUGUGUUCCUGCUGGUUUGUGGAACAGUCGCUGUCCUGAUAACAAGAUCAUGUAAGUCAUCGUUAAAAAGGAAGGACAGGCGUUUGCUGAGCCCCCAAGACAGACAACUGCCAGAAGUACCGGUGUCUGCAAAUGCCUAUGAUGACAUCAACGAAGACGACAUUGAUGCAAGUGAUCGAGUCACUGCAGGUACCAGGAACAACACAUGCCAAGCACGUGGUCAUCGUCCUCUUGCUCAUGUAACGAUGUGUCACACUACAUGGUCCAGAAAGGACAAGACUGGGCAUUUGCAUGUGUUCAAACCAUUCCCACAGAGGGCUAGGUCCUUGCCAGUAUUCACCACUGAUGUACUUGGCUGCAAAUGGAACAAGUCGGAUGGUUCUUGGACGGAAUAUACUGGGCUUCAGGCGAGAUAUGGGAAUCUACAUACAAAGACAUUGCCUGAACGAGAUGACCGAGCCAACUUGGAGGGAAAUAGUUGCCUGGUUGAUAACGUAGCGUAUGAAAGUAACAAUAGUGCUACAUGUACUCCAGCAGGCCCGCGAGGAUACCUAUCUCCUGUAGCCAGUGAUUCAUGUCUAGAUUACACUGACGUUUAGACAUUGCACAACAAACAUAGCUGGCGUCAGAGGUCACGUAAACUUUCAAUCCCUUAUAAGAACAACUCGAUUGCAUAGUUUAUUGUGUAGUCAAAUAAAUUUAAAUUGUUAGAAUAUUAGCUAUUUCAAAAUAUGCACGAGCAUGUCUACUGAGCAUAUGAGAUAUUUUUCUAACUGACUUCUUAGACAUUUUUAAAGUUGAGAAUAUUGAAUUAAAUAGUUUGUGGUCUUGCAUGGCGUGCAUGGUUUAUAUACCUAUCGAGGAGUCACGUUGUUAGUAGGACUAAAGAUUGCACAUCGAAUGCUGUAGCUAACGCUGAAUGGUUUAUGAAUGACUCAUUCUCAGAAAUGUGAUUGUAUGUAUUUGUUUUGACUUGUUUUUACGCUAAGCUUAAAUAUUUGUUCAAUGUGUAUUGAUCAAAUAUCGAUUGUAUCAAAUGAUUUUGAUGUCACUCGACAUUGCCGCGAUUAAGAAAAAUAGCUUACGUUUGUACAUGUCACUGUAAAGCGAUGGGUAUUUUGUAUCCUUUAUUUUGUUUUUUAUUGAGGCGGUUAUCAUUUAUAAUGUUUGAGCCUCUGAGCACUGAUAUAAACAAUGUUAAUAUAUACUCGUGUGCAAGAUCCUGAUUCUCUCUUUCAAAUUUGAAAUGGUAAUUAUUGCACCAAGCAUACAGUCCGCUUGUAUGUGGGUGUUGAGUAACUACACCACAAGGUACAUGGCAAUGUUAAUGAGGAAGUGGGAACACCAGUUGUAAUGCAAUAACGGGAGGGAACUCGUGCAGUCUUAUCGUGUUCACUGUGGGUGCGAUGCAGGGUAGCCUACGUAUACCUAAACGGUCAGAUAACAUGAUACAAUAACGACAAACAAUCAACUGAUAUUAACAUUCCGACUUCACCAUCACUUUUUUCAACUAGAGAUUUGAGAUAGCUAACUACAAUCUUUAUUUAUAAUCAUUUUACAGCUGUACAUUUGCUGGUGUUCUUAUCGUCAUAUAUUUGCAUAUUCCUUGUGACACAUACACUGCACACACAUGGAAAGUUGUCAUUGCUUAUAAACGCUGGAUCUAAAUAAUCCAGAGACAUAAAUAUGUGAACGUCCAGUUGUGAGCAUGACAGCACGUUGUGUUGUAAAUCACUGAAAUAAAAGUAUUAUUUGCUUCCAGAUGUGUUCUUGUUUUUAGAUGUAUAUAUCAAUUACCGGAUACGCCCACGUUUUGAUAUCUAUACCGAAACACUUUAAAAACAGAUGUUGCUAUUGGAACACACAUCCUCUGGUCUCCUGACUGAUACAGUGGCAAAUUCAAAUCUGGAUUACAAUAAGGGUGCAUCAAAACCUUUCGCAGUCUUUCUGUGCACUGUGGCUUAAUAUCAUCCUGAAGCGGUAUGUCGAUUUUGUGAUAUUUCAUGCAGUGAAAAUCUGUUUCAUGGAAUAUAUAUGAAUAAUAGUACUGCUUGGCCUUAAAUCAAACGACAUAGACAUAGGCCCCUACCCCGGCCACUCGGCCACUCAGCCGCCCGGGCACCUGCAGAAAUAUCUAGGUCAGUGCAAGGCUCAUAUUGCACGAUAUAACGUUCUACAUGAGUGGUCGGCUGUCAGUCGAUAACUGCGCUGGUUGAAUAUGAGAAUCCGACAGUGAUUCGAUUCCCCACAUGGUAACAAUUUUCUGGGGCACUUUCUGGUGUCUCCCGAAGUGAUAUUCCUUGAAGCGGCAUAAAACCACACUCAUGCACUCUUGGUUCAGAUACAGCUCUAAACCUAUGGUGGUAUAUCUGUCGGAGGAAGCAGCUUGAGAAACCUGGGAACGAGCCAGACCUUUGUGUCACAAGAUGUAUAAGAAUACACCUGUCAUUCCGGCCUGGGUGUUGAUCAUUCAGCUUGUCAGUUAUCGAACCAGUGCGAACCUCUGCGAUGACUCUAGAUGUAGAGAGUGCUUGUAUGGGUACUGGGGGCCCCAGUGUAACAACGACUGUACUAGCUGCUGGUUGGGGGGCUGCCAUAAACACACUGGGCGCUGUCACCAAUGUCUUCCUGGCUGGUAUACCGAGGACUGUGACACACUCUGUCCCAGUACCUGUCGUCUUAGCUACGACAGCGUGAGAAACUGUGACCGGAGCAGCGGCAAGUGUCUGGAAGGAUGCAGAGAGGGAUGGUGGGGGGCCACCUGUAACAUGACGUGCAGUCCAGGAUGUAAGAGCAAGGCUUGCUACCAGGAGGACGGUGUCUGCAUAUCGGAUUGCCUGGAAGGGUGGCGUGGACCUAAAUGUGACUGCUCGGACACCUAUAACUGCCGGAAUGGUAGGUGCUUGUCCGGUCGUUGUACUGGUGGCUGUAAGGACGGUUGGACUGGCGAGACAUGUACAUAUAAAUGCAGCUUAAACUGCCUGACAUGCCACCAGUCCACAACUCAAUGUUCCAGUUGCAAAGAAGGUCUGUAUGGUCCCGACUGCAUGUCCGAGUGUACAACGAACUGCGUGGACAACAAAUGUAGCAUGGCAGGACACUGUAUUAAUGGCUGCAUCAGUGGAUUCCACGGCAGUAAAUGCGAGACAGCGUGUCCCUACAGAUGCCGUGACUGUGACCAAGAUACGGGCAACUGCAAGACUUGCUAUACUGGAUGGACGGGACUCCAAUGCAAAGGAAUUGUCUCUGGCAGUUUGACAAUAGACCAGUCUGUCACUGAUACAACCAACCAACCAUAUAAACAAGAUUCAUCGAGUGGCUGUGCAGAGGUUAAACUAGCAACAUGUGCCAUGGUGUUGAUGUCAUCAGUUGUCUGCAAAUGAUACGAAGGGAUAACGCCGUGGAACUUUGGACUUGUGACUAUUGGCAUUUGUAUAAGAUGUUAUCUGCAACACGUAGGAAAAACAACUAGGAAUCAAAAGACUGAGGAAGUUGAUUGAUUGAACUAUAAACAUGUCUGUAGAGAUAUGAAUGAAGCGUUUUCAUUUGCUGCAUUUUAUUCAUGUAAAAAUAAUGCAUUAUAUCUAAACAGAAUACAUUUCGCCGCUGUUAGGUUAUUUCAUGAUCAACGUAAGUACUUAUCUUUAUUUCUGAUUUGCCGUCUUAUUUACAAUUAAACGUCUCCGGUCCAUGUUCGAUGAAGGUAUACAUGUACGGUCUUGGUCACUUGCUUAUUUGUAAAAUAUGUCCUUGAAUAUCCCCUUCCAAUCAAUUCAAUUCAGUUCAAUUUAUUUACUGGAAAACCAAGAAAGGGCACAUUCCGCUUUCUGAGAUACAUAUUUGGCCAUUCAUAGAUCAUUUCUUAGGGAAUGUCAAUAGUUCGUUGCUGGAGAAGAGCUCCGGGGUAGAAUAGGUCUUCAACAACCAAUGCUUGCGGUAAAAGGCGACUAUGUUUUUCGUUAGAGGCGACUAAGGCUCGGGUUGUCAUGCUCGCUGACCUGGUUGAUGCAUGUCAUCGUAUUCCAGUUGGGUGGAUCGAUGCUCAUGAUGUCAAUCACUGGACUCUCUGGUCCAGACACGGUUAUUUACAGACCACCGUCAUAUGGUUGGAAUAUUGCCGAGUGCGGCGUUAAACAAUAAGCAAACAAUCAAAGAUAGUGAAACUCAGCCCCAACAGCCGGAGAGUUACAUAGUGUACACACUCGCUCCACUCUCGAAAGGUGGUUUCAUAGGGCAACUUAUGGUUAUCAGCUCCAAUUUGAGAACAGGAUAGUAUACAUUUUGGGGCAAUAAGAGAUACGUUGCUAAAAAUCAGGUUUCUUUAAGUUGUUUGUAGUACAAAUGAUCAACAAUCUCUAUGGGCUAUUCACCUAACAUGAAUGAAGAUUUUUGUGUUUUUAGCAGGCAUACUUCCAAAAAUAAUUGCUUUGGUUUCCACAAAGUUCAGUAUUCAUGAAAUGCAUCAAGUGAUUUUUGUAACUCAACUGGAUCAUCACUGAACACAACAGCGCCAUCCUCCUCCUCCUCAUCAUCAUCAUAUAACGAUAAUAUAUACUGUAGUCAGAGCAGUAUGUCAUUGCCUUCCUUAUAUUCUUCAUUCACAACUGAUGCAUUCUUGUUUGAGUGAUUUUUACCUUGAGUUCGUUGCAAUUUUAUUAUGUUUAGCAUUAUUUUUGGCACUAUGAUUUGUCUUUUUGUUCAAACAGUUAAUUGUUGGGGGUGAUUAUUAGCAGCUUCGGAUAUAAUAUUAUGCAAACAAGUUUUUGUUGAAAUAUAUUAUUUUGGAUGAGUUUAACUUUACAAAUUGUAACAUCCGGGAUGAUAUGAUGGGCUAAAUUAUCAACACAUCAUCAUAAUAUACUUGAUUUUCAUCCUUAUUACAAGCAUUAUCAUAAGGAAUAUGUGGUUGCAAAAAUGUGAAAUGUAUCUUUGUAAUGUUUCAAUACAGGUAUACAGAAACCA